AAUUAUACGAAUUGUAAAAUAUGAUGCUGGCGACUUACAAAUGUGGAUGUCCCCCGUCAGAUAAGAAGCCACCGUGUUCACCCUGUUGCGAAUCCUCCGCUGUUGGAAGAAGAGUGGCCAAGCAUAAAAGUCCUGCAGAUUGUCCCGAGAGUAUGUGUUGCAGCAAGCGUUCGUUGAGACCCGUCACUUCUGAACCGAAAAUCGAAAAACCUCCACCGUGUUGUCCCACGAUGCCGUCUGAUUCCAAAGAGUUUGAAAGACCUUGUAAGCUUCGUUCAGAGAUCGCGGAGAGGGGAUUGCCUUACAAGGAGAUGGAAGUUACUAUCAAUGAUAAUAGAUUGGUGAUUAGAACUCAGAAAGAGGAGGUGAAACAACAAUACGAUCCUCCGUGCGAUUGUGUCGAGGAGUCUCGGCCUGUUGCAAUGGUCACCGACGAAAUUGAUCAACCUCCGGCUGCAGGAAGCAGAACGGUUACUCUGUAUCCACGAGCGAAGAAAUCCGACGAGAAGGUGACCGAAAAAGCGUGCGAUCAGGAAGAAACUACCGACAAGACCGCUAAGGCGGAAAAUCCAAAUAUAUUUAUAUUCAAAGUGAAGAAGAAGAGUAACAACGGUGACAGGACGUUUAAUAUCGAUUUGGAGUUUAAGACACCGAGACCUUGGUCGAUGAAGAAGAGAGCGGAGUACGAGAUGAAGUUAAUGAAACCUGUGGAAAAGACUCCCACGGAGAAAACAGAUACGAAGACGAGUAUUUCGAGGAAGAGGAAAAAGAAGAAGUGAAUUUACCCGAGGCCAUUCUCAACCGUUUACGACAGAUAGAUAGAAUAAAACAGAUUAAAAUACCAAAUAGAUUAAAAUAAAUAAAAUGGCGCAGAGAAAAUAAAUCGCAAUUAACUAAAAUAUAUAAGCUGCAACCGUUGACUCUGUACGUCUCUUCUUUUCUUAUUUUUCACGAAAUAUUCUUCUACAACGGCCUCGCUAACGUUCCUCUUUGAAAACGGCCAACCAAACGACCCGAUAUCCGUCGUGCGUGAUCUCUGUGAUCGCGAACGAUCCAUAUAUCAGCGAGUCAACGCGCCCCAGGAGUCGUGCACUGUAUAGAGCACGGGGGUAGUCGUCGAUGGCCACCUGAAAGCGCCGGACGACGAGGCCUCGACGUCUAUUAGGGGCUAAACGAUUCUUAAACGGGAAAAGGAACGCAUCGAGUGUCAGAGACGUAACAAUGACUUGGGUAAACAUUCCGAUAUACAGGACCACCCGGGGAGCGAGAUGCACGUCAGUGGCUAUGAAUCGAGCGAAUACGAAUGACGGUAAAGAUCGAACGCUUGUUGGACUGCGAAGGAAUCGCUGAAACUGAGAAAAUUUGACAGUUGAUAAUUUUUAAAAAUCUGCAAGCAAGAAGUGAGAGAGUCAGAAACAUUUCUUAUUAGAAAACAUCGUUUUAACUUUAUUACAUCGUUCGGAUUAUCGUUGACGAAUCGAGCCACGUUUCGAUAUCGUUGAAUAUUUUUUAAGGAAAUAAUUCAGAGAUUAUGGCAUGAAAGAAUUAAAUUAGGCAACGAGAAGAAAAAGUAGUAAGUGUCUUUGAUCGUUGUACUUGCAAUUAGUUUUCAAUGGAAAACUGAAACGAAUUGCACGUGAAACGUGAGCAAGUGUUGCUCCGUUCGCGAGUCGUCGAAACGGAAUCAAUGGUGUCUUCGCACCGGGUGUUCUUCCUGUUCCCUCGGUCUUCUUUCGAUAAUCGUAUCUCAUAUCCAUGGGGUGUCGAGUAAAGAAUACAAACUUUUGAAUAGCGUCCCCGAUGUUGUUGAGUAAUAGCAUUUGCCAGAAAUCGAGAUCAAAUCGUUUCUUCGUCCCAACAUACGCGCAAAUUGUGUUAUUUCUUCAGACCAUGUUAAAAGAAAAUAUCUUAUCUUUACUUUUUAGGUAGUAACGUAGGAGGAUAUCCUGUCGCCAUAGUUGAAGUAUAAAUUAAACGAUCAAUUCUUGUCGCAGAUUAUUAAUCAUACGAUUAAUUUAUUACGAUAAUCGGAUAUGAAAAAUGUAAAUAUAAACAUUAGAAGAAAGCAAAGGAAAGCUCGAGUUUCAAUCAGCAUUGUGAAAUAAAUUCAUUUUGGGCU